AUGGCAGAUGCAGAUUUUGAAAUCCUAGGGACAGGUAUUGAUAUACCCAAGCAUCCCACAAAUGUAGAAGAUUCAGGUCUAUCAAUUAUUCGCCACCCUAAUCUUGAUAACAACUCAACAUUUAUUCAUCUUAAAUCUGAACUUGAAAAAUACUACAAAGAAUGCCGUUUACCUCCAGAGCUGCAAAGUCUCCACAAAAUCCGAACUCAGCGUUGAAAAAAGCAUUUUUAUGUUUCCUUGCAAGGUCUCCUUAAUGAAGUUACUUACACAAAAUAUCCUGAAGAACAAUUAAAGCUGUUAGACAAGGUCCAUAAAUGAUAUCUUGAAAAAACAUCUGGGAGGCUCCAUCUCCCAGAUAUUUCUACACGCUCAAAUACCCCUUCAGUACUAUAUUGUGCUUGUUUAAAUUCUAAUUAAUUAUUAUUUAAAUAACUAUAUUAAAAAACUAUUAUUUUGCACCUGAAAACCUUAAAUAUAAUUUAGCCUUAAAUAAUUCAAAAAGAGCCUUCAUAUUCAGAGAAUUCCUCAUUUUCCAAGCCAAAAGAAACACUUGAAAGCAGAAGUGUUUCGUUUUAUGACAGUCCUACGCCUUCGCCUAUAAAAUUACCUUCACCUUUCGUUCCAAAAGAACCAGUAAAGCUAAUUGAUCCAGAGGAAUGCAAAGAAAUUAUAGAAAAAUUAGAAAAUCGAUACCUUCAUAACCGAAAAAGGGACGUCGAAGAUUUAUACUUCUUAUAUAAAAUAUCCAUAUUUCAAUAUUAUUUCUUUAAAAAGCCUAAUUACAAUAAAAUAUAUAAAAUCCAUUGAAAAUUACAGUAGAGCCUUGAAUGUUUGAGGAAAGAAAAAAGCCAGAUUAAGUGAAGAAUUUUCAAGAAAAAGUGAGCAAGCAAGAGUAAAAACGACACUGGAUAACAGAAUUUAUAGGUCCAUUACCCCGAUAGACAAUAUAAAAAGACAAGAAUCAGAAAAAUCACCUAAUCGCUAUGAUUUUAGAAUAGACGAAAGUAAAUCAAGAUACACCCCACAAAGUGAUGAUAGCGAUAUCAAUAGGCCCAUUUUAUCAAGAUUGGCACAUAUAAGGCAAGUGCAUUGUGGAUUAAUUGAUAUAGAGCUUGAGCCCUCAAAGCCGAAAAGAAGAUUUGAAGGGAGUUUAUCUCCAUUUCAAACUGAAUACAAAUCAAAUUCUCAAUAUGACAUUCCAAGAAAUUCUACCCCAAUAAUAACUCAGCAAAAUGAGCAAUAUCAGGAAAUUAUUGGGAUUAAAAGACUUUUUGCCUCAAAAAGAAUUCCAUGUUCAAUGGAAAACCUAGAAAAUGCGCUGCUUUAUCCUGAUGCGGAUAAUUCAUCACCAUUAAUAUUCCCUAAGGGAGGAGAAUUAUUACUAGAUAACCCAUUUAGUAAGAUCAAAAAGAAGAAAAAAGGGAAAAAGAAGAAGAAAGGGAAGAAAAAGAAGAGAUAA